GAGUUGUCAAAUAUCUUUCAGUCCAGCAAGGCAAGUUGUGUCGUCGUUGCAAGUUUCCUUCUUUUUGUGCAGCAGUUAUCGUUUUAAUACGUGUUGUUUGCUUCGAGAGACGUCGGACCAUUUUUCGUUGUUUCGGUUCUAAUUUCACCAUCACAGCGGUUCACGGAUAAAAACUUAAUAUAUCGUCUACACAUCCAUACUGACGAAAAUAAGAAAUGGCUCCACAUCAGAGAAUUCGCAUGGCCAACGAGAAGGCCAGUCGCAACAUCACACUGCGCGGUAAUGUUCCCAAGUCAAACAAAACCGCUGAAGAAAAGUAUCCGGUCGGACCGUGGUUACUAGCGUUGUUCAUUUUCGUGGUGUGUGGUUCAGCAAUAUUCCAAAUUAUCCAGUCGAUUCGGAUUGCGUAAUUAACAGUAGGUGUGGAGGAGAGGGAAGAUAUUUUGCCGCAACAGUCCACAAUGCUACAAGAAGCCUCUUUCAUCAGCCAAUUCUUCAAACACAAAACAUACAUACUCUCACGCAACCAAAUGAUACAAAACGAAGAAGAAAAUCAUUCGCCCAUGUCCGAGAAAACCCUUUUCUCCACGUAAUUUUCUUUCGGUGGCCAAAACCCUUCUAUUCGAGCAUCCUUUUUUUGCUUGAACUAAGAGGAAGCCACUUGUAAUACAAUUUACUGUAAAAAAAAACUAACAUUAGUAAGAAAUCUACACAAUGCUGAUUGCAAUAAUUGCACGAUUAUUCCAUGCCUGAGUUGGAUGCAUUUUUCUAUCAAUUCAGUAGUAACAUAAUCCAAUUCGUGGUAUCUAUUUCGGUCUAUACUAUUAGAUAAAUACUAACGCUAUGCCAAGUAUUGACAUUAUUUGAUUAUGUGCAAAGUAGUUUAUGUACAUGUUCAAAUUGGCUAAUAAAUGCAUUAGGUUUUGUUAUUCAGUUUUCUAGAAAUACGCAAGCUACUUUUCUUUUAUUGGACAAUUUUGAAGUUGGAUAUCUUUACACAUUUUGAUAUUUUUUUUGUAGUUGAAACAUCAUAGCGCAAUGAUUUUUUCCCCUUUAUGACUAAGUAACAACAAAGAAAAAGACAUUUUGCCUAAAAAGUUGGAAAAUGACGAUUAAAACAAAAGUAGAUAGAAAACUCCACAUUACAAACACGAAGUGAAACAAGAAACUGAAUUGGGUUCGUAUUAAAUCAAGACGUAAAAGAGCACGUUUGCAGUAAGAAUGAAUGUUCACAAAUCGGGAAAAACCUAUGAUAAAAAAUAUAUUUAAAUGUGCAAAUAUUUGAAACAUAAUCAAA